AAUUCUCUCUGCUACAUUUGUUUCCUCUAGUUCUUUUUCUGGAAACAAACAGCAACAUGACCGAAAUAGCAACUCACGCUGUGGGGAUUGCCAUCACUAAAUUGUCUCAUCUUGUCACCACGGAGUUUCUUGCAUUCACUAAUGUCAAGGAUGACCUGGAAUCCCUCAGAAGCACUCUAACAGAUGUUCGGGAGUUGCUUGGAAUUCUGGAAAGAAAUCGGCCGAAUUCUUCAGGUUUCGAACAGAUGAACAAUUGGCUCAAGAAGCUUCAAGUAGCAGCUUAUGAUGCAGGGGAUUUAAUCGCGUCCUGGGCAGUAGAAUAUCACCAAUGGAAGACGAAGAAGCAGGUACGAAAAUUCCCUCUUCCAUUUAGUGCUUCAAAAUUUUUCUUUCAGCAUCAAGAAUCAUGUGACUUGAGAGAAAUUACAGCGAGAAUAAAUAAGAUUUUACAAGAUGGACAAGUCUAUAGAACAAUCAUUGGAGUGCCUAGGAGUGAAAGUUUUUCACGGCAAACUGGCUCUCUUUCUAGCAAUAUAAUUGAGGGCAGGGGAGAUGAUGUAGAGAACAUAAUAAAACUGCUGAUACCAGAUGAAGAAGCCAAUGAUGAGGGCAGUAUUGCUUUUAUUCCAAUUGUGGGGAUGGGGGGCUUGGGUAAAAGUAAAACAACUCUCGCUCAACUCGUAUAUAAGAAUGGCAGGGUUCAUGAACAUUUUAAAAGAAAAUUCUGGGUUUGUGUCACAGAAACUUAUGACGAGACUAGAAUUCUCAAACGAAUGUUGGAGUCUAAUGAGAUUACUUUUGAUGCCAAUAUCACAUUCGAGGUACUGCAAGACCGAGUUCGUGAACUCGUGGCUGAAAAACGAUUUUUACUUGUUCUAGAUGAUUUAUGGAACAAUAAUUAUAUGGAUUUGGAGCCACUAGAAAAUUUACUGAAACAAGGGGUCAGUGGAAGUAAGGUCUUGGUUACUAGUCGGAACAAUGAAGUUCGGAAGAUUACGGGUGCAAAAUCCUCCUAUAGCUUGCGACAUUUCAAUGAUAAAGAAUCACUGUCGUUAUUCGAAAAAAUUGCCUUUGAAGGAAGGAGUCCGCCAGAUGAGUUGAAGGAAUAUGCAAAGCAAAUUGUAAACAAGUGCAACGGUUUACCUCUGGCAGUAAAACAAAUGGGGGGUCUGCUACGUGGAAUCACUGAUGCAAGUGAGUGGAAAUAUGUCGCUAGAAGUGAAAUAUGGGAACUAGAAAAAGAUAAAGUACUGCCUGCUCUUCGAUUGAGUUAUAAUCAUCUGUCUUCAGCUCUGAAGCAAUGUUUUGCGUAUUGUUCCCUGUUUCCAAAAGCUUAUGUUUUUGAAAAAAAUGAGUUGAUCAAAUUAUGGAUGGCAGAAGCAUUCAUUCAACCUCAUGACAGACACAGGACAGAAGACAUAGGAAGCAGAUACUUCAAGGAGCUGUCAGACAGGUUCUUCUUUGAGAUCUCGGCGGAAGACAAGAGCAAGUGUAGAAUGCAUGAUCUUAUCCACGACUUGGCGCUAUUAAUUUCCUCUCCCUUUUUCUGCCAAGUGGAAGAUACUGUGCCAAAGAGUUUAGACGAAGUAUCUCGCCAUGUAUCACUGCUUUCGAAUGAGGUUGAGCAGCCCCUUUCAGAAAUAAUAAAAAAAUCAAAGAAGCUGCGCACACUUUUAUUGCCAGUGAAACACUUCAAAGCCUUUGGGAAAGCUGAACGUGCAAUAUUCCAUUCACUUAAGUACAUGCGCACGCUAGAUUUGAGUUCAAGCACACUUCAAGAACUGUCAGGCUCAAUCGAGAAUUUGAAGCUUUUGCACUACCUUGAUUUAUCAAAAACUGAAAUAAAAAAGCUUCCCGAUUCGAUAUGCAACCUCUGCCAUUUGGAGACGUUGAAACUUUCAGAUUGCCCUUGGCUUUUCACUUUGCCCAGGAAGCUCAAAACUCUUGUCAACCUGAGACAUCUGGAGCUAGAUGAAAUGUUCUGGUACAAGGUAUCAACGCUUCCAAAAAGCAUGGGGUGUCUAACCAGUCUACACAAUCUUCACAAAUUUCAGGUUGGCUGCAAUACAGGAUACAAACUUCAAGAAUUGAAGAACAUGGAGUACCUUACAGGGUUCCUGCACAUCUCAAACCUGGAAAAUGCAGUGGAUGCAGGGGAGGCCAACUUGAAAGAAAAAGAAAUGAUUGAUAAAGUGGUAUAUGAAUGGAGCAGCAGCAAUCUGAAUUUGCAAGAUGAAGACGCCAAGCAGGUACUCGAAGACCUGCAGCCUCACCCGAGGGUUCAAGAGAUCCAAAUCUGUCACUACAGAAGCUGUGAGUUUCCAAUUUGGAUCAGAUACGGAAAGUAUGAGAACUUAACUUCUAUAUAUUUGAAUCAUUGCACAAGGAUCAAAAUCCUCUCACUUGGCGAGUUACCCAACCUCAGAGAACUCCGUCUCAAGAACAUGGCAGAAAUGAUGGAAUGGAAGGAAGAGAACGACGUGUUCCUCUUGAGUCUAAAGAUUAGUGGCUGCCCAAAGCUGACAAAACUGCCCGGCUACUUUCCUGUAUUACAUAGUAUGAAGAUCAAGAAUUGUGAAUCAUUGGAUACCCUUCCAGUUGGCCCAGUGGAAUUCAUAAGACUUGCUGGCAAUCCUGUGCUGAAGCACUGGACUGAAGUCAAUGUACUAACAAGGAGAGUUGUCGAUGGUCGCCUGGUCACAAGUCAUGGCAUGACAAGUCAUUAUCUGUUGGAAGCAAACAUUAUCAACUGCCCUGAACUGCAGAGGUUGCCAAGAGAACUCCAUCCACAGAAACUGGAAAUAAGCGGCUGCAAGAACUUGCGCACCCUACCAGAUGCAGACCAUGCAGAAUGGCUUGGGGUUUUAGCAUUGGAUGCAUGCCAUGAUGAAACAUUAGUUGGUAUGAUCCCCAGUUCUGGGAGUUUAUAUUCCUUGGUGAUUUCUAACAUCCCAAAUCUCAUUUGUCUUCCAAAGUGGCCCAGUCUCCCCAGCCUCCAAGCAUUGUAUAUCCGUGAUUGCACAGACCUUGAAUAUCUAUUCAACCAAGAGAAUGGGAACGGGUUGUUCGAUGGCUACAACUCUCUAAAGCACCUCUCCAUCCGUAACUGUCCUAAACUUCUGACACUGCCUGCUGAAGGUCUCCCAGCCAGUCUUCAAGUUUUGAGUAUUGGCCAAUGUGAAAGUCUCAGUUCGUUUGGCCCCAGGGAAGUACUCGCAAAACUCACAUCCCUUGGUGAUCUCUACCUUGAAGAUUGCCCUGCACUCCAGUCCUUGCCAGAGGAAGGCCUGUCAGCGUCCCUCCAACAUCUGUCCAUCCAAGGAUGCCCCUCGCUGGUAAGAAGCUGUGCAAAAGAUGGCAGCGAUUGGCCAAAGAUCAAGGACAUCCCCGAUCUGGAAAUAGAGAUGCCAUCUACUGAAACCACUUCAGCACCAUGGUACAAUCCUUUUAGGAACCGCGGAGGAAACAAGUCCAAAGGAAAGAAGGCUUCGGAAUGAUGCCAAGCUUCUGGAAUUGCACAAAAGGGAGGUCAAGUUGGAUGGAAGACUCGAUGUUGGCUAAGUAAACGGGUUUAAGGGAAGACUGGCAGCCUCUUUUGUGUUCUUAUUUUCCCUUUAAUUUGCUUGAUGAGUAAUGUAUUUUGUUUGAUUUAAAAACAAAACCCAAAAAAUAAAUAAUAUAAAAAAUA